UCCAACGGUAGUGCCACAGUAUAAAUAUAUUUGAUAACCAGCUGAAAAGAAACACCUGAGACAUUAACAACAGACAACUGACUUCAGCUUCAACUGACCUUGUGACAAUGGCCAACAUGCCUGGAGGAUGGACUGAGGUACAGGAUGCCACUGAGGAAAUCCAGAGGAUCUGUGAUCACGUGAAGAACCAAGUACAGGAAAAGACAAAGGAGAUAUAUGAGGAAUUCCAAUCAGUUAAAUACAAAAGUCAAGUUGUGCAUGGAGUAAACUACCUCAUCAAGGUUCAGGUAGGAGGGUGCCGUUACCUUUACCUGGCAGUCUUCCAAGAACUUGCCUGUGAUGGAGGAGAAAUUGUGCUGAACAGUGUUUGCGGCUGCGACACCAGUGUACCUUUCUAAUAUGAUCACACAGCCUGUUUCAACUGCUGCAGCCUCAAUUCAGAAUCCUCUGUUACAUAACAUGCCUUUGCAAUAAUGUUAUAGGCAGUGACAUGUGUUAACAAAUGUACAGUUUGAGAUGAGACUCAAAAGUUGAUCACUCUAUUUUGUGAACAAAUAAUAAAGAAUGCCUCCAAA